GCCCUCGCUCCCGCCUUCAACGCGCCCGCCAUGCGCGCGCCGGCCACCCGCUCGGCGGUCACCAUGUUCUCCGAGGGCGACCUCGGCGUCCUCCCGCCGCUCGGCGUCUACGACCCGCUCGGCCUGAUCGAGACCCGCGACAUGCGCCGCUAUGAGAUCAUGGAGAUCAAGCACGGCCGCGCCGCCAUGCUCGGCUUCCUCCACGUCAUCGCGCUCAAGGCGGGCAUCGUGCUGCCGGGCGACCUCUCCCCGUCGCUGGGCAUCAAGUUCUCGGACGUGCCGACCACCUGCUUCGGCUCGCUCGAGGCGGUCCCCACCUUCGGCUGGCUGCAGAUCAUGCUCUUCACCUGCAUGCAGGAGACGGGCGCGUCGCCGCUCGCCGAGGCGCAGACGGACGACAAGGAGGCGGGCGACAUCGCCAUCGACUCGUGGGUGCGCUACGACGACCCCGAGACCAAGACCUUCAAGCUCAACGCCGAGCGCCAGAACGGCCGCGCCGCCAUGCUCGGCAUCACCGGCUGCCUCGUGCACGAGCUCCUCGGCGUCGAUGCGCUCUACCCGACCGGCGGCCUUGGCGGCGCCGCGCCCCCGGCCAUCUUCUAGGCUGCCCUCGCAUAGCGCACCGCCCCUGAAAGGGCAGAGUGCGCCCCAGGCAAAGGCUGCCUCUCUUGUGUGGCCUUGCGCCGAGUGUGCGUGAGCCGUGACCGUCGUGGCGGUGUUCGAUGUUGUCUAUUUCCCCAUAUAAACGUUUGC